AUGGACGUAGUCUUGAUUACCACAAGCGACUUUCUUCUGUAGCUAAAGAACACAAAUGCCUGCCUUGGUGACUUGCAAAUGUCACUUUACACUACCGUGACCCCGGACGAGCUUGUCUGUUUCCUUCUGUGAACUGUCGACACAAGCAAUCGUCAUCAGUUUGUGUACAGAGACUCAACUUUUAGAUCUUAUGAAAGCGUAUGUAUCUAGAUAUCCUUCACGGCGAAGCGACAUGAGGUUAUUGCCAUCUUGCUUGCCUUUCAUGAUCCUUUGCUUGGUGUGUGGCGAUGACUUGGCGAUACACGAAAAGAAGACGCGUUGUAUAGCUUACUGCACGGAGUACAACGCCAACAAUCAAAGUCUGGCUUCGUACAGCUGUCCUCACAAUUGUUCAGAGUGCGCUAAAGUUUCAUGCCUGGACAUGCUUAUGUAUAAGUCCUUAUCUGAAUGUGAAAACCGUUGUGAGAGAUCACUACCUUGCAAGAAAGGUUGCUCUUUUGUAGAAACAAUGGGUGGAGCUACUGGCAGAAUGUAUGUUGUCUCAUAUCUACAUGUGCAGCAUGCAGUAUGUAUGAUGGUAAUGUUGUAGUGGUAUAUAACUUCAAUUGCAUCUUCUAUUGAGAUGCAUUAAUUAACUCUACAAAUAGCUUCAUUGUGUUAGCGUAUAUUAGCAAUACAGUUGCAAUUGUUGCUGCUGUGAACCAGGGGCGUAGCUACGGAGGGGAGAGGGUUCUUGGGGGUUCAGUACCUCCAAAAGUUAUGGGCGGGGUUGCUCAUCUAUUCUUUAUAGUCGAAUAGAGUGAUUUUAUAUACGUAAUUAUACAGUACCGAAAUGAUACGUGGUUAGUUUAUAAAUCUAUACGUAUAUACAUAUACAAUUAAUUUUGAACAAAUUAAUAUUAAUUUUAACAAAAUUAAUAUUAAUAAUUAGCCCCUCAAUUUUUCUCUGGCUACGCCGCUGUGUGAACGUGUCUAAUGACAACAUGUCAUCAUAUUUUGUUGGUUUUUAGACUAGAGUUUUUGAAAACCUUAGAUAAUCUUCCUGAAAUGCCUGGAAGACCAAGACUGAUAAAGAGCAAGCUAGUUUGGCACAGCAAUAACUAUCACUUUUACAGCGGUGAUAUUGACAAGUCUAAGGGAGUCGUUUUCUUGCUGCUCGGGUCUCGAGUUGCCUCUUAUGCAAACGGAUCAAUAGACGAACGUCAGCUAAACUGGGAAUUUAUUUCAUGGUCGUUUAGUACAAGCUAUGAUGCCAAGAAAAUAGAAGACAAGAUAAAGCUCGAUUGUGAUUAUAGUUAUGUAUUCAAAGUCGCUUCGUUUAACGAACUGGGAACUAAAGGGUACAAGAGGAGUGAACCCUACAGUGUCCUAGAGAUUUUGAACACGAGCUGCGGCAAUGACUGGUAUCCCUAUCUCAGCCGUCCUCCUUCACACUGUCGACCUAAUCCAUCUUUUAAGAGAACUCUACUCAACCUUCGUAAACAAAACUACCGCACAGACGACUCUUCAUCAUACUACUGGAACGACGACUGUUCAAACCUAAACAGCAGUCGACGUAUCGUGUGGAAAAGACCCCAGAAUAUUUCCAGCAGUUCUUGCUACGAAAUUUACUUACACUCGAUCAAGCAGGGAAGUAGCAUCAAAUGCAAUAUGAAGAAUCGUGUGUAUUAUAUACGAAACAAUGAAACUCAGCUAAUGCUAGAGAAGUUGGAGCCAGGUUGCAAUCUUUUUGUUUCAAUUUACGCGGGGACACAGGAGAGAGCGCUGCCACCAGACCCAAACUUGGACUUUCUGCUGAAUCUAAAAGUACCUUCGGCAUCUCUCAAAUGUGGUAAACUUUACGGACGUGUCAACUUUACUGCAAAUGUUCAAUUCGAUAAUGCAACUCAAUUGUAUGCUUUUAAUUUGACAUGGCUCAACCCACCAUCGCCCACAACAGUUGACUCUUACUUUUUGAAAACGUACCUGAAAGGAAAAUCGGAUUCGUCCGUCGAAAUUCGUUCUGCUGCCUCUCCUCAUGUUUACACAUAUCGACUCUACUCAAAGCAAUGUUACGAUGAAAUAGAGUUGCAGCCAAUAUAUAGAAACAUAAAAUAUCGAAUUUCUGUAAUCGAUGACCCAUGUCCUCUUUCUCCCGAUCCUCCCUAUGACGUCACCACUCAGGGAUCGUCAGAUUCUGUGACAGUCUACUGGAAAGAGCCGUUGUAUGUUCACUCUGAUUUUCCUAUUGUUGGAUACGCGGUCAAGUGGUUAUCACGAAACAACUUCAAUGCCGGAGAUUUCAAAAAUAGCAGUUCAACUCUCAUUAACAUUGUUUCUUCGAGUUUUACCAAGUACACUGUGACGGGGCUAUUGCCGAAUCAUUCUUAUUAUUUUCAAGUCAGAGCAUUAUCUCAUAGAAGCAACAGCACUUUUAGCAAGAUUAAAGUUCAAAGAACUUCAAUGGAUUGCAAGUGGAGUAGUUGGAGUUCGUGUAGUGUUCAGUGUGGAAACGGCACUAGAACUCGGAGUAUUGCCCAGGCAGCAACGCUAGGUGGUCAAACGUGUACGGGCCCAUCAAAUCAGAUAUGCAAAAUCACAUCAUGUAAAGCUACCAACUUAUAUGCAACUUUAGGAGCAACAGCCACUAUGAGUUCAGUCUACAAUUCAAGUACUCUCGCAAAAUAUGCUGUAAGCAGCCUCAUGAGGUAUUCAUGGAAUGGGAAAGCACGAGACUGCGCUCGUACAAAAUUCUCUCGUAAUCCUUGGCUUCGAGUCGACUUAAAAAAUCAUUACUUGGUGUCAAGCGUUAGAAUUGUUUUAAGUGGAGCCGAUAAUCGUGGAAACAUUUCCGUUCACGUUGGUGGUCUCUUAGCAAACAGAAGGAAUAACGAAUACCGUUGUGGAGUGGCUUUAUACGAUAGCUCUUCGAACCGUGGACUGUCUAGAAAUGUCACGUGCCUCAAGCCUGUUUGGGGAAGAUACAUAACUAUACAAAAGAAAGGAUCUGACCAUUUGGGUCUAUGUGAUGUGCAGGUGGUCUACGAGUUAGACAUAGUUGUUUGGAAAGGAAAUAUGAUUAUUAACAAAUCAAGCUUAGCUGUUGGCCUGAAACAAAACUACUCUGCUGUUAUUGAUUGUGGUGUUGUUCCUGAUGUAACCAACUUCAGUGCUUUCUUAAAAUGGAAACAUAACGAGACCGAUCGCAUACCAACUCUACGUACUGAACACAGUGAACAACAUACUGGUGUAUAUCAGGUGUAUGAGAAUAAUAGGCAGCGGCUCUACAUCAAAUCAGCCAAUGUCUCUGCAAAUGGCCGUUAUACAUGUCAAUAUACUGCACAAGAUGGUUCUAAAAAAUCAAAGGCGAUCAUUCUGACUGUUCUAACCGGGAAGAAUGCAACAGGUAAUAAUUCUAUAUCUAUUUCCGCUCCAGUGAGGUGCAGUGAAUUACGUGCACUGAGCAAUGAAAGCAUAAUCAUGACUGGAGAUAUACCCGGAUCUACAGCAAACAUCACUUGUUUAGACGGGUAUAGACUUUAUGGAAAUUCGUCAAGGAUAUGUUUACCAAACGGAAAAUGGAGUGGAAAUGACACAUUGUGCGAAGCUGUUGAAGAAGAAAACUGCGAAGACUCGGCACCUUCAAACAUGCUGCCAUCAACUAUUGUCAUCAUCUCGUUGCUGGUCAUUAUUGUUGUUGUGUACAUGUUAUGUAAUACGGUCAAGAUUCAGAUUGGGUUGCGUUUGACUGUCGUGUACGUUCUGAUCGCCAGUGCAGCUCUCUCAAUUGCCGUCACUUUGUGGAUUGUUCUGGCUAGCAAACCCCUCACUUGCAACGGAGGCAUUCCUCAUCUUAUUGUUACCGUUAACAAUGGAAUCUAUUUCUCGUGUCUUCUCUGUUGUCUCAUUCCAUUGUCGUUUACUAUUCGUUGUAAAAAUUCUCUCUCCGUUCUCAGAUGGUUACUCUUGUCACCUUUCAUUAUUGUUCAAGUUUCUUUAUCUGGUGUGGCUCAUUUUUUAUCUGACAACAACACUAAGAACUCAUCUACGGUGGAGUUUUGCCACCACAAUAGCUAUGAAGUUAUCUACAUUGUGUCUCACUAUUUUGGAUUUAUCAUUUUGAUGUUGUUGGAUUUGACUUUGCUCAAGAAAUUUUAUCACAAUCGGCUUAAAAACGGGAUCUUACAGAAUAGACUCAACAUUUGUUGGGCAACGUUAUUCCAGGGCGUUCCAUGUUUUUAUGUAAUCGUAUUAUCGUUUUUGCUAUUUGCAAAUGGCGCAAAAGUUUGUCGCCAAAGCGAUACAUUUUUUGUCCUACUGGCGCUGUUUCCUACACUUUUGUCAACACUUUUACUCUCAGUUGAUACCAUUAACGUCAUACUGCAAAGAAGAAGAAUAGACCAACCAGUGCCAGUCAGUGAUUAUCUAGAAAAUAGAAUGCGCCGUGUGAGACAAAGCUCUUAUCAAUUUUCUGAAUUUUUUAAAUAUAAACAAACCAGCUACGAAUUUCAACUUAAUUCUGAAUUGCUAGCCGACAUUAAAGAAGUGCUGAUAUAUUCAAGUCGUCUGGCUAUUAAAGAGAAGCUUGGUGAAGGAAACUUUGGAUGUGUUUAUAAGGCUAUUCUUGAUUCUUCAACAGACGUCGCCGUUAAGUGUCUAUCAGACACAAAGAAAACGAAAAUGAUAAAGGAAUUUGUGAACGAGGGUCUACAGAUGAGAAACCUAAACCAUCCUAACGUUAUGACUUUACUUGGUAUAUGCUGGGAUAUACAAGCCAGUAAAACGUCGUCCCGCUAUCCUCCGUUAAUUGUUCUUCCAUACAUGGAACUUGGAGACUUAAAAAGUCAUCUAAAAAAAUACAGAUUAAACGAGUCGUUAAGAAAGAAACACGUCAUUCAACUUUCUCAGCUGUUAAAGUUUGCUCUCCAGAUAGCUAGAGGAAUGGAGUAUCUAACGGAGAAACGAGUAAUUCACAGAGAUAUGGCGGCUAGAAAUUGCAUGAUCGACUGGGAACUAAACAUUAAGGUUGCUGAUUUUGGCCUCUCUCGAGUUCUUGCUGCUGGCAAAGAAUAUUAUCGUGUAAGAAAAAACAGGCAACUUCCUAUAAAGUGGAUGGCGCCUGAGAGUCUCACUGAUAUGAUCUUCACACACAUGACAGAUAUUUGGUCUUACGGUGUGACUCUGUGGGAGGUUAUGACAUUUGCAAAAGUUCCAUAUCCGGGAGUUGCCAACAGUCGAAUACUAAACUAUAUAAAUAAGGGAGAAAGAAUGGAGAUGCCAAGCGACUGCCCACUUGAAAUAUACAACAUUAUGUCUCGCUGUUGGAAAGAGGAACCUCUCGAACGUCCAUCAUUUACUGAAAUAGCUGAAGAACUUGAAGACAUUCUUACAAACCUGGUGGGAUACUCAGUGGUCAACGAAGGCAGCGCAAGGAAUGUUACAUACUCUGAUUUCUCCACCGAAUGCGACAAUAGCGAAAACGAGGAUGCCGAAGAAGACGACAAUAGCGCAAGAAUGAAACCUGACAUUUUUGAAACUACAGUGUAAAAAUUUUGGGUCUCUAGCGAAUUUAAACAACAAAACUUUAAUUUUUAUAAACAGACAUUUAGAGAAUAGUGCGAUGUGCUUUGCCGUGUCAAAGUAUUUUAUAUAAGACUCGUUGUAAUAUAUGGAUCGAGACAGAAUA